AUGGCGCUUGCGCUUCCUAAGCUGCCGACAACAAUAGCUCGUGCGUAUGUUAUUCGAGGGUUGAUGUUGUUUGCCGUCCUGCAGAGUCCCAGCGUCGUCAACCAUGGGUCCGAGUCCGUGGCCCAGGAUGCCGAGGGCGCCACGGACCAGACCAGUGGCCCGGCUCGUCACGUGGGCGUGGUGGCUCCCCGGUUGGCAAGAGACGACCAUUUACGCACGUUGUACUUCGAGGACGGCCGCAGGCGCAUCGACUUCGUGCUUGCCUACGAGAAAGACGACGACGAUCCAGACGCCGAGCGACUCCGCAAGGUCUUCGAGGACAACCUUCUCACCGAGGGACUUGACCUGGAGCUCGAAGAUGCCCACAACUCCCGGGAUGGCGAGACCUACUUCCUCAAGAUACACGUCCCCUGGGAAGUCCUUACAAAGUACGCCGAGAUGCUGCACCUUCGGAUGCCCAUCAAAAAAAGGGAUCCGACAAUGGAUUUUCCUGUUGUCACCGUGACUAAAGGAGAGAAGCCCGUCCUACCCGAUGUCAAACAGCUGGAAAAGGACUUCGCCGCCAACGGAGCGGACCACACCUUGACUAAGCUACAGAAGCUAUGGGAGAAGUUGUGGACUCCGUUUCCGUACGACCGGAAGCUGAUCCCCGACGACACCUUGUUCUACAGCGCCGAGUUCACCAGGCAACGGGAGCAAAGGCGCUACUUCGGAGAGAAAACCGGCCUGUACUUCGCCUGGCUGGGCUUCUACACGUCCAUGCUGUUCCUGCCAGCCGUGAUCGGGCUCAUGACCACCAUGUACGGGGUCUUCGAGAUGGCCACAAACACGGCCACGAUCGAGACGUGCGAUCCUGACAUCUUUGGCCGCCUGAUACUGUGCCCCGGAUGCAAGAAGCGCUGUACCUACGAUUACCUCGCCUCCAAGUGCACCUUCAGCAAGAUCGUCUACCUGUUCGACAAUGCAGCUACAGUUGGCUUUUCAAUCUUCAUGGCACUUUGGGCGACAAUCUUUAUCGAGUUGUGGAAGCGAAGGCAAUCUGUCCUCGGCUGGGAGUGGAACCUCACCGACAUCGAUACGAUCACGGAAGUUGUCAAUCCGGAGUACGAAGCAAAAGCGACAGUUUACAAGCUUAAUCCCGUCACGAUGACUUACGAACCUUACGUGCCGUUCUGGGAGAAAAUCGCCAGGAUAUCCGGUGCCAACUCUGUCGUGUUAUUCAUGCUGUGCCUCGUGAUCUGCACGGUGUUCGGCAUCAUCGCUUACCGCAUCAUCCUGGUGGCCCUGCUGUCCCGUGACCGGAACUGGCGAGCGCUCGCCCACGUGACGACGGCCGUCACGGCUUCGCUCCUUAAUCUCGUUAUCAUCUUGCUCAUGAACAAGGUUUACUGCAGACUAGCCACCCGGCUGACAGAUAUCGAGAGGCCCCGCACUCAACGGGAAUACGAGGACAGUUUCACCUUCAAGAUGUUUCUGUUCACCUUCCUCAAUACCUACUCCUCUCUCAUCUACAUCGCCUUCUUCAAAGGCAGGUUUGCCGGACAUCCAGGAAAGGAAGGCACAUUGUUCGGCUAUAGCCUCGACAAGUGUGAAGGCGGUUGUCUCUACGAAGUCUGCGUCCAGCUCGCCAUCGUCAUGGUGGGGAAGCAGGUCAUCAACAAUAUCCAAGAGAUCGGGCAGCCUUUGUUCAUGAACUGGUGGCGCUCCUGGCGGCGGGACCGUAUGCGCCGAGAAGUGGGCGACCAGAGGUCCUCUCUGUCUCGCUGGGAGGCCGACUACAACCUACAACCGUGGACCACGCUUUCCCUCUUUGACGAGUACCUCGAGAUGGCGAUACAGUUCGGCUUCGUCACCCUGUUCGUGGCCGCGUUCCCGCUGGCCCCGCUGUUCGCGCUCCUCAACAACAUCGUCGAGAUCAGGCUGGACGCGUACAAGUACACCUCCCAACUGCGCCGACCGCUCGCCCAGAGGGUGCCCAACAUAGGUGCGUGGCAAGUGAUCCUCAAGGGCGUUUCCAUCUUCGCGGUUGUCUGCAAUGCAUUUCUCAUCGCCUACACGAGCGAUUUCACGCCCCGAAUACUCUACCGAAUGGUACACUCGGGAAGCCACUCGCUCCGAGGCUACGUCAACUUCACUCUGGCCGUCUUCGACACGAAAGACUUCGACGACGACGCCCGUCCCGAGAACGGUACUCUGGACGGUGUUGUCGUCAAGCAGUGCAGGUAUUUGGACUACAGGGAGCCCCCCGGUGGACCCUCCCAGUAUCAGCUAACCCUCACCUACUGGCACAUCUUUGCUGCCAGACUCUUCUUCGUCGUUGUGUUUGAGCACGUGGUCUUCAGCAUCACCGGCCUGGUGGCCGCCAUCAUUCCGGAUGUCCCCCGCUCGGUGCAGCAGCGGAUCAAGCGGGAGCAGAUCGUCUCCCAGGAGGUCUUCAACGAGGCCGACCGCGCCUCCGCCAGCGGCACCACCCGACGGCAAGGCUCCAGAAGCGCCAGUGCUUCCGUCCCGAGGAGCAAGGAGUAG